GCAGCAGCAGCAGCAGCAGUGGUAGACAACAGCAACACAGCCAUGACAGCAGCAGCAGCAACAACAACGACGAGCACAACAAAAUCGGGUGGCAACACGACAAAGCAAAGCAAGCAUAGGUCGAGGUCAUCCGCUCGGUACGAUGACGUGGAAAGGCAGCAGCGCAAGAGUCGGGCCAUCGUCUCCAUACCGAACACCAUCAAGCUGAGCAUGCUGAAUAGCGGCUUGCUGUCCUUUGAGCGCAUCAAGCUGGAGGCGCGCGACGAGAACAACUCGCUGUCGAAGACCAUACCGAACGGGCCCAUCGAUGUGCGGCAUUUCCUCAAGCUGUGUGAUCUGCGUCGCAAAUUUCCCGUGCUCUAUAAGCUGGAAUUUCAAACGGCCGCCAAGGUGGAGACGAACACCUGUCGGCAUGCGCUCAAGAAGAACAAUCUGGAGAAAAAUCAGAAUCCCAAGUGCAUUCCAUAUGACUACAAUCGUGUUGUGCUGCAAAAGCUGCCGGGUGUGCCCGACUCGGACUAUGUGAAUGCCUCCUAUGUUGACAGUCUGCUCAAGCCGAAUGCCUACAUUGUCACCCAGGGGCCCGUCGAGGAGACGGUGAACGCCUAUUGGCGCAUGGUGUGGCAGGAGAACAUCAGCGCCAUUGUCAUGCUGACCAAGACCUUUGACUUUGCCAAGGUCAUGUGCGUGCAAUACUGGCCGCCCAACAUGGAGGUGCACGAGACCUACGGCGAUAUACAUAUCAACAUUGUGAGAGAGGAGCAGCUGGCCAACUUUCACAUACGCACCUUUCGCCUCUACAAGAAGAACGAACAGGGCGAGGUCACGGACGAGCGGCUGAUACUGCAGUUCCAUUAUACGGAAUGGUAUUCCCAUUCCUGCCCCUUCUCCAAUGCCCUGCUCGAGUUCAGGCGCCGUGUGCGUCUCGUUGUGGGCAACAUCAUCAAGGAUGGCGACGACGUGGAGAUGCGUGGCCCCAUUUUGGUGCACUGCAGCGAUGGUGGCGGACGCUCCGGCGUCUACAUGUCCAUCGAUGCCAAUUUGGAGCUGGCCGAGGAGGAGGAGUGCUUCAAUGUCUUUGGCUAUCUCAAGAAGCUGCGGCAAUCGCGCAAGGGCCUCGUCGAGAAUGUGGAGCAGUACAAGUUCAUCUAUGACACGCUGGAGGAGCACAUCAUAUGCGGCAAGACCUGGUUUCCCGUCUCCGAGCUGUCCGAUCGGCUCAAGGCCAAGGCACGUCGCAAUUCCAGCACCAAGAUGAACGAGUACCAGGCCGAGUACGAUCAGAUCUGCAAGCAGACGCCAAGAUUUACGAUCGGCGACUGUGCAGGCGGACAUCGAGCGGAUAAUCGGGAGAAGAAUCGCGAUGUGCUCUGCGUACCGCCGGACAACUUUCGUCCGUAUUUGACCAGUUUCCAGGGCAACGCCUUCACGGACUACAUCAACUCGGUCUUCGUGGACGGCUAUACCAAACCGCGCGAAUACAUUGUCACCGAGUGGCCCAUGAAGCAUACGCUGGGCGAGUUCUGGUCACUGGUCUACGAUCAUGAGUGCUCUGCCGUGGUGGUGCUCUGUCAGCCGCCCUCGCAGUCCCAGCAGUAUCCCUCGUUCUGGCCCAACAAAUCCAAAAUGGAGAAAUACGGCCCGGUCUUCACCGUGCACUACGUGAUGUCCAAGAGCUAUACGAACAUCAAGCAGUGGGAGUUCAAGAUCAACAAGAAGAUCGUUUCGCUGACCGAAAUGAUGGCGGGCGUCAAGGCGCCAACACGUACCGUCCAGCUGUUUCAGCUAACCUGCUGGCCCAUGGGCCACAAGGUGCCGAGCUCAACCAAUUCGCUGGUCUAUCUAAUGAAUAUGGUCGAGAUCUGGCGCAAUAAAGUCGACUACGGACCCGUCUGUGUUGUCUCGCCCGAUGGUCGCAGCCGUGCCGGGGUUUACUGUGCGGCCAAUGCGUGCAUCGAGCAGGUCAUACAGCACGGUGAGGUCGAUGUCUUUCAGGCCGUCAAAACCGUGCGGCGACACCGUCCACAGCUGGUCGAGAAUAUGACCGAAUAUAAGUACUGCUACGAUCUGGUGCUACACUAUGUCCUGCACUUUCUCAACAAGAAAGAUUGAGCGGUACUUUGUAUACUUUGAUUUUUUUUAACAGUUCGAUGCCCGCUU